AUGACACGCUGGGCUAGUCUUGCCGCGCUAAGCUUCGUCUCUAUCACGAGUGUGCAAGCAGCGGCGAUUCGUGAGGGCAAACCUGGAAGCGCUUCUUAUGACUACGUGGUCAUUGGCGGUGGUACGACUGGGCUCGCCUUAGCCACACGACUCUCUGCCUUUGCGUCGGUCGCCGUCGUGGAAGCCGGCGGGUUCUACGAGCAAGACAAUGGAAACCAAUCCGUAGUGCCGUACUAUGGCCUCAUAAUGCCUGUUCUCGGGACCGCAGAGAAUUAUCCCCGUCAGCCUCUUGUUGACUGGGACUUGGUAGCUGCCGCGCAGCCCUCGGCUGGUAACCGGCGCAUUCACUAUGCGCAGGGCAAGACGAUGGGAGGAAGUUCGGCACUGAACACGAUGUCUUACCACCGAGGAACCGUCGGCGCUUACCAGCGCUGGGCUGAUCUAGUGGGAGACCAGAGCUAUGUCUUUGACAAGAUCCUUCCGUUUUUCAAGAAGAGUAGCACGCUCACUCCACCGAACUUGGAGAAGCGAAAUGCGCCAAAUGCUACGGUGCGAUAUGAUGCUUCAGCGUUUGACAAUUCGCUGCGUGGCCCGCUGCAGGUAUCAUGGGCGAACUGGGUCGACCCUGCGCAAAGCUGGCUAGUACGUGCUUUACAGGAUAUUGGUAUGAAACUCAGCAUCAAAGGACUUAGCAGUGGAGCAUUGGAUGGAGGCGCGUGGGUACCUACGACAAUCGAUCCUAAGAAUGCAACAAGAAGUACCUCGAAGAGUAGCUAUCUCGAUACGCUCGCUUCACCUUCAUCAGGACCAGUCGUCUACUUGCGUUCUCAAGCCAACAAAGUCCUGUUUGAUAACGGCAAAAAGGCAACUGGUGUAGCUGUAACCACAAACGGCACGAGUUAUGUGCUUUCUGCAAAGAAGGAAGUUAUCAUUUCGGCAGGCGUGUUUCAUUCACCACAGCUACUUAUGCUAUCCGGUAUUGGACCCGCAGAUACUCUUGCUGAACACUCCAUUCCAGUCGUUUCCGAUCUUCCAGGCGUGGGCCAGAAUCUCUGGGACCAGAUCUUCCUCAAUGUACUACGUGGUUUCAACGUCCCGAACACUGGCACAUAUCUCAGCACGCCCGCCCAAGUAGCCGUUGCAUUACAGCAAUACUACUCCAACGCUUCGGGUCCAUACAGCUCCGCAGGAGGCUAUCUCUCUUUUGAAAAACUUCCAUCCAAAUAUCGUGGCAAUUUCUCAUCUCGCACGACCAAGUUGCUCGCAGAUUUCCCCAAGGAUUGGCCAGAGAUCGAGUACAUUGCUUCUGGUUUUCCCAGUGGCAGCCAAGACUACCCGACCAUUGGUUCGAUUAGUGCUACGUUGCUCACCCCUCUGUCAAGAGGAAACGUCACAAUCAAUAGCGCAUCUAUCUCCGAUCCACCAGUCAUCAACUUGGGCUGGUUGACUGACUCCGCAGACGGAGAAGUCCUCGUUGCGGCUUUCAAGCGCGUGCGUGAAGCCUGGAAUAGCCGUGCCAUUGCCAACUCUGUUGUUGGUCCAGAGAUUGUACCUGGUGCAGCAGUAUCUUCUGAUGCGGAUAUCUUGAAGUUUAUCAAAGAAUCCGCACAGCCAAUCUGGCACGCAAGUUCAACAUGCGCAAUGGGCAAGUCUGCGAAGGAUGGCGCAGUUGUGGACUCCAAGGGCCAGGUGUUCGGCGUCAAGGGACUACGCGUUGUUGAUAAUUCGGUGGUUCCUUUCAGUAUUCCAGGUCAUCCACAAGGCACGUUGUACAUGUUGGCCGAGAAGAUCGCAAACGGGAUGCGAAAGUAG